GGUCUCUUUUUUGGUGUGUUUGGUGUGAAAUAAGUGAAUAAUAGUACGUACCGCAGGCCACAUCCCCCCUCGGCGUCCCUGUGCUUCUCCAUAUUGCGGUCUUGCCUUGUGGACGGUUUUUUUUCAUCUUUUUUUUUUUCUUUUCUUUUUUCUCGCCCUCCUAUUCUUUCAUUUUCGGAUCCCUCGAGUCCUGUUUAAUAACCUCCUUUCCUCGUCUCCCUUCCCUUUUCUUACCUCUAACCCACCCCUUUACAACCCCUCCCUAUCCCUCCCACUUACCGGUACCCUUGGGAUACCAUUCACCUCGAUCCUUCCCCAAGCACCUGGCUAGGCAUAUUCAACGUCCUAACAGCUUGCGUGAAGCAGGGCUCCAGCUUUGGUCGAAACGAGCAGUUGCCCUUUGAGUUCCUUCUCCCUCAUCACAACCCUUCAACCAUGGCUGCGCCAUUCACCACUUCGCUGCCGGCGAAGAACCCCGUCCUUCGCCGGACGCUCACCGCCAACACGGAUCUGGAUAUCUCUACCCCUUCCACCGCCAUGGGCUCUCCCAUGGACUCGCCCAGGCACUCCGCCUCCUCCACGUCCCUCUCCUCCCUCGCUUCCGAGCACGCCAACGGUGAGAAGGUCCACUACGGCAAGCUGCUCGACACCUACGGCAACGAGUUCACCCCGCCCGACUUCACCAUCAAGGACAUCCGCGACGCCAUCCCCAAGCACUGCUUCGAGCGGUCCGCCCUGCGCGGAUACGCGUACAUCAUCCGCGACAUCAUCCUGCUCGCCACCACCUUCACGCUCUGGUACAACUUGGUCACGCCCGAGUACGUGCCCUCCAAGCCGGCCCGCGCGGCCCUCUGGGGGCUGUACACCGUCCUGCAGGGCUUCUUCGGCACGGGCCUGUGGGUGAUCGCCCACGAGUGCGGGCACGGCGCCUUCUCGGCCUCCAAGACCAUCAACAACCUCACGGGCUGGGUCCUGCACUCGGCCCUGCUGGUCCCCUACUUCAGCUGGCAGAUGUCCCACAGCAAGCACCACAAGGCCACGGGCAACAUGGAGCGCGACAUGGUCUUCGUGCCCCGCACCCGCGAGCAGCACGCCACGCGCGUCGGCCGCCUGGCCCACGAGCUGGCCGAGCUGGCCGAGGAGACGCCCAUCUACACCUUGCUCAUGCUCCUCGGCCAGCAGGUGAUCGGCUGGCCCAACUACCUCAUGACCAACGUCACCGGCCACAACAACCACGAGCGCCAGCGCGAGGGCCGCGGCAAGGGCAAGCACAACGGCUUCGGUGGUGGUGUCAACCACUUUGAUCCCCGCAGCCCCAUCUAUGACGACAGGGAUGCCAUCAAGGUCGUUCUGUCGGAUAUCGGACUGGCCAUCGCCAUCGGCGGCCUCGUCUACCUCGGCAACAGGUUCGGCUGGGCCAACUUGGCUGUGUGGUACUUCAUUCCUUAUCUGUGGGUGAACCACUGGCUGGUGGCCAUCACCUUCCUCCAGCACACCGACCCUACCCUGCCCCACUACACCGGCGACCAGUGGAACUUCGUGCGGGGCGCGGCGGCGACGAUUGACCGCGAGAUGGGCUUCAUCGGGCGCCACCUGUUCCACGGCAUCAUCGAGACGCACGUGCUGCACCACUACGUGAGCACGAUCCCCUUCUACAACGCCGACGAGGCCACCGAGGCCAUCAAGCCGGUCAUGGGCAAGCACUACCGUGCCGACACGCGCGACGGGCCCUGGGGCUUCAUCCGGUCCAUGUGGACGGCGGCGCGCGUGUGCCAGUGGGUCGAGCCCAGCGAGGGGGCCGAGGGCGCGGGCAAGGGCAUCCUGUUCUUCCGCAACCGCAACGGCAUUGGCAUCAAGCCUUCCAGCAAUCCCCAGUAGAGAACAAUAGGAGGGCUUUUGUUUUCCUGGUGAAUUGUUUUUAUGCCGCUUCGCAUGAAAAAGAAAAGAAAAAAGAGUCCUAAAAGAAAGGAAGGAAAAGACGGGACGUGUGGGAGCAGUAGUCGGGCUCGAUCGACUUUGGGGUCUCGUGUUCCGCAACGACGUCGACACACCUGAAGACAGCCCCGAUUCGUUCGGUACAGGUCGCAGCAUCGUUUAGCGGGUUGAUGGUUCUUAAUUAUUGAUUGACCGGGGGGGGGGGGGGGGUUUGGCCG